AUAAUUUUUAACAUAUUCAAAAAAAAAUUUCGAGCACAGAAUUGAGUCUGACAAAUUACAUUUAAACAUCUAAAAUUAUCUGAAUUAACCAAAUUUGCCCCGAAGCAUUCUCCAUGGAUUGUAGAAAUUUUUAAUCUUAAUUUGAACCGAUGAAUGUCCUAUAUUGCGCUGACACAAGAUCUGUUAUAAAGAUGGUGGAGAUCGGAUCGUUCCUUCUUGAACCUACCCCACAAAGCGUAAAAAUUACGAAUAACAAAAACGGCACUAAAAUCCAAAAUAAACAUCCGAUUCUCUGCAAAUUUCACACAUCCCAUUAUUUCUACAAACAAAAGAUGUGCUGUGAAGAUGGGAUACAUCGGUGCAUUACUUCUGGUACCUUCUCCACAAAGAGUUACAAAUUUUGGAAAACGAAACGCUCAUAGAACGCGAUAAACCCGAUAUGGACAUGGAAUUUAUGAUUCCGCAUAAAACUGGAUAUAAAUGUUUGAUUCUCUUAUAAUUUUGCCCAUACCAAACUACCUUCCGAAAAUCUUGGAAUAAGGGUCAAGGAAUUUUCUGAUAAAAAAAGGCAAAGCUUAUGAACUUUUAAGGCCACCAUACAUUGUUAAGGGCUUUCUGGCAAAAAAAAAUGACUCCCACCAUCUGAUCAAAAUUUAUGGAUUUUCAAAAAUAUUUAAAAUUGUCCUUGCAAAACUUAUAUAUAAAUAAUUCGAAUCAUACCGUGUGGCCUCAUAUGGUAAUUAUAUUCAGUGAAAAAUAUGGACAGACUAUUUCCAAAAAAGAAUUUCAUUUAAAUUAUAUCCACAAUUAAGACGAAGUUCAGAAAUAUUUCAUAUACAGCCCCUUUUUUUAAUUUGAAAAAAAAAAAUGCGUGAACGUAGUCAUACAACACCCCGCAGACGCGGACCCAAACAUCCCUUGCCCCAGGAUGCUUUGUACCAUGACGAUUCGCCCUAUGAACAACAGGAAUCGCCCUACUAUACCAUUGAUAAUACCGAGGAUAUUUACAGUACCACAUUGCUGCCAUCGCAGCGAUGCUAUGUGGAUCCAUGGGAUUUGGAGAAUUACGACUAUGUGAGAAAGAAGAUGGGUCAGUCACCCUCACCACGUGGCUAUUAUGAAAGCUCAGCUUCACCAAGUCCCAUUGAGGAGCCAAUUCAUUCACCCUAUUAUUAUGAGAGGGAACCACUGGAAAUGGCACCACGCAUGGCGGCGACAAUGCCACGCAAACGACGCACAUCACAUUACCAGUGUCAAAUGGAAUGCUGUAAUAAUGUCAGACCGUCAAGACGUCCAAGCGGCAUAUACGAUGUGGGACGUCGUGACAACUAUGACGAUUAUAUGAUUUCACAUAUGGCACAGAAGUUUCAGAAUUUCAACUUGGAAGAUGUUGAGCCGAAUUUAUAUGGAUUGUAUGGUGGUGCCUCAACCUCCUCGUCCACCGAGCCGCACAGUUCAAUUGGUGAUGGUGAUUAUCUGACGGCCACAAUGCCACGCAAGUCUUCGAAUUACGGUGCUCUACCCAUGCGCAAAGUGUCGAAACCUGCCCCGAAACUGGAAUUCCCGGCACCACCACCAUCGGUGCCACCCACUUAUGACUAUUGCAAUCCUUAUGCUACCCUGCCGUGUUGUAGCGUAAACGAUUGCUACGAAUGCCAGGCUGUGCAACAGCAACAGCUGCAGGCCGUGCAACAGCAGUCAAUCUAUGGCACCCACUCCAUUUAUGGCAGUGCCCCAUCCCCUGACAACUGUUACGAUUGCAGCCUGGGCAGCAGUCUGGGACGUCGUCCCUCAUCUUCGCUCUACAGUGGAAUUUAUAGCAGUAAAUUUGGUAUGAGCAAAAAGGGCCUUCUACAAAUUGACUAUUCAUGCAGCUGGAAUGAUUUGGAUCGCAUUAUGACACGAAAUUACUGAGGCAGAGAGGAUUUUGUUUUUUUUUCUGUAAUUUAUUAAUUAGUCAUUUAUUGUCUAAUGUAUACCCCUCCCCCAUACUCUCUCUUAUUCUAGUGUCUAAUUCUAAUGAGUUUUUUUUUUGUGUAUAUUUCUUCAUCUUCUUGUCUUAUUUUUUAUGAUUUUAUACAUAUAUUCGGAAAUGGCAUGCAGUUGACGAGUUUUGCUCGUCGUCCAUGUAUGCCGAUAGUAGAGUAUAAUUUAAAAUAUAUAAAUAAUAUUAUAGUCACUCUCUUAUAUUUGUAAUUUUUUUUGUUAUCACAAAUAAAAUUUAAUCUUAUGUAACCUUACAAUUUUA